GGUUAAACGUUUGCUCAAACGAUCGAAAAACACGUGCAUAAUCCAGAUUAUAUAACAUGCGCUGAGCUAUAAAACAAGAAUUACUCACACCAUUUUCUAAAAAAAAAAACAUAUUUUUUCUGGCAAAAAAAAACAAUGGCUUAUACAGCAAUUGAGCGUUUAGGAACACGUCAGUUUGCUUCGAAAUCAAAUGAAACUCUUGAAGCGAAUUGUUAUCUGGUCAAUUUUCACAGAUUGCUUAAGUUUUCAGACGAUUAUUCUAUCGACCCUUUGAUUAAAAAUCGAGAUCUUCUACAUGCUAUAGUUGCUCUGUACAAUUCGUGUUUACCAAAUAUCGAACCUGAUGCUCUGUAUUCUACAAUUUGCGGAAAACAUUCCUGGACAAUUGUUGUUCUAUUAUCGGCAGAAACAGCACUAGAACAGCUAUGUACAAUCAACAAAUGCGAGCCAGAUCUAGAUGUUGAUUCCAGGAAUUAUUCAAAACACCAAAACGAAGAAAACAAAAACGAUUUAACUGAUGAUUCUGAAAAUGACAAGACAGAGAAUUCGUCGUCAUUACCCAAUUGUUUAGACAGUAAUGAUGUAACAGAGUUACAUAAUGGUGACAGUUACGUCACAAACGCAACGGAUAGCACUAACAGUGCAGCCGACUCUUCAUCGUUAAUUGAAGGCCCGUCACUCGAGAGCUUUCUCCAAGUCGUGCAGCGAACGUUCUCGGAAUCCGAGGAAGAGCGGGCAAAAAGCGUGUGUCCGAGUUGUCGACCGAGUAAGUUCUCGGGGGUAUUCUCGGACGAGGAGGACGAAGGAGAAGAGUCGGAGGAGGAGUCGGAAGAUUCGGAUAAUGAGGACGCAGAGGAGUAUAUGAGGGGUGCUGACAUGUUCUUAGCCGAGGUUGCUAAGCGGCGUCAUAUCCGUAAAGUUUACAUCGAGUGUGCUCGCCGAAUCAAAAUGUCCACGCUCAACGUCGAAAACCGAUUAAUAGCGGCACUCACUUACGAACGAAGUUUCGCCAUCAAAAGCGAGAAGAUACUUCACAUAACAAUUUUGUCAGUCCGUUUGCUGUACCGAAAACAUGGAUUGGGCCAGUUUUUGGUCGAUGAAGUUAAAGCCAAAAGCGACAAGUACGACACUUUGGCCGUUUUAGCUGAUACAGAUGCGAUUUCUUUUUUCAAGAAGCAAAACUUCACUCAAGACCAUCUGGUUUGUUCACGCUACGAAGUUCUAAUCGACACGUGGACAGAUUGCGUCGUGAUGAUUCAUGUUCCGAUUUUAUUUGACCCCAGCAAAAUAGAGAAUGACAAAAAUAUGGAGUUCUUGCAGAAAGAUUUCGAGUUCCUGCAAACUGGCUCGAUGAAAAUUUAUCAGCAGCAGUUUGGCUUGAUUAGUCAAUUGAAAGACGAAGUUAUAGCAACGAAGAAAAUAGUCGAUAUGCAGAGUAAAAUUAUUGACUCCCUAACCAAAGAAAUUAGACAACGAGAGCAAUCGAACACUUUUUAAGCAUGCUAAGUUCAAACUUUAUCCAUUCA